CCUUGAGUUUGACACUUUGCACUAAGGUGUCUAACUUCAUCAUUGUUAUCAAAGGUUAAUAAAUAAAUAGUUCCCGAAUUGAUUAUUUCAACAAAUACAGCCAACGUGCUAAUUCACCAGGUUAAAACCAUUUUCAUAGUACCCCCUGGUAUGCAUACAAAACUGGCACCAAGAGAAUUACACCCCUUCAUAAAACGGAAUAAUAUGGUAUGAGAAAUUAUUCAAAAAGUAUGAAUCUUGGAGGUGUUAUUCGUUUAAACAAAACUGGAGUAUGUGUUUUAUUUGGUGCUCUAGUGAUACUCUUCGUGUACAUGUUGACUAGUAAUUCAAACAGAAAUGCUGCUUCGUCUGUUAAAAUAAAUUUAAAGAAUCUCUUAAAAGUGGCAAUAAAUGCAGCCGAAAAUGGCGGGAAAGAAGUUGUUUCGAACAAAGACAACCUAAAAAUUGAAACAAAAGGGCUUACCAAAGAGGGCAUGCAAGAUAGUGUUACGACAGCAGAUUAUUUGUCACACUGUGCCAUUAUGAAAACAUUGAAACAUGCAUAUCCCACACUUAAUGUAAUCUCAGAAGAGAAAAAAGCGGAAUGUGAUGAAGAUCAAAAAGUUGAUUUUCUUGAAGUGGAAGUUCCUACAGCACUAGAUGAUUCCUGGAUGGAUAUUAAAGAUGUUGCGGUGUGGAUAGACCCUUUAGAUGCCACAUACGAGUACACUGGAAAACUGUAUCAGUAUGUGACUACAAUGGUGUGUGUUGCUGUAAAAGGCCAACCUGUGAUCGGUGUCAUACAUAAACCUUUCCUGGAAAGUCCAUCACGGACUUUCUGGGCGUGGGUGGACACUGCCAAGUCUAGUAACUUAGAAUAUGUGAAACCUGAGAGGGACACUUUGAAGAUUAUUGUGUCAAUGUCGCACAGUGGUGAAAUUAAAAAAAUUCUCAACAAAAAUUUCAAACAAUUUGAAUUAAUUUCAGCAGCUGGUGCAGGUUAUAAAUCACUGGAGGUUGCAAUGGGAAAUGCGGAUGCCUAUGUUCAUAUAACCGCCAUUAAAAAGUGGGACAUUUGUGCGGGAAACGCAAUCAUAAAUGCAAUGAAAGGUAAAAUGACAACAAAGUAUGAUGAGUUGAUUGAUUACAAAGAUGAAACUAAUGUUCAAAACGAAAAGGGUUUGGUUGCUACAGUAGUUAAUCAUGAUCUGUUUAUAGGAAAUCUUUAGAGUAAACUUGAAAGACUUGUACAAAAUGUAAUUUUGUGCUUGUUGUGUUGUCUUGUUGUAGUUAGUCUUAUUAAUAAAUACAAUAAAUUAAUUUUCAAAGUU